AUGGCAAAAUCCAACCACGUCCGAUCUAUUAGCUUUCCUAGCAGAUCACAUCCAAGCAUUCAAAAGGUGGAAGAAGAGCUGACCAAGCUCAAAACAUUACAAGUAUCAGCCACGCCAGAAGCAGCUACAGUCAGCAGUGGUCUUCUUGGAUUAGAAGAGCUUUACAGGUGCAUGGAUGAUCUUCUUAACUUGCCACAAACCCUCUCCCAAAAUCAAAAUCAGAAAUGGGUUGAUGGCUUAUUGGAGAAAUCAGUGAGGCUUCUUGAUAUUUGUGGUCUAGCAAGAGACUGCAUCUCUCAGUUGAAAGAACAUUCGAGAGAUCUCCAAUCUUCCCAAAGGAGAAGAAAGGGAGAUUCAAUUACUGAAGCCAGCAUCACCAGAUACACUUCAAUCAUAAAGAAGAUGAACAAGGAUGCAAAAAAGUCAAUUGCAGCAAUAAAGAAAAUCGAUAAUGAGAUCGAUGGAUUAACACCCUUAGAUGUGCAUCAUGACAUCUCAGCAGUGAUUAAAGCAUUAAGAGAAGCAACUACAGUGAGCCUUUCUAUUUUCCAGUUUGUCAUGCUUUUCUUGUCUGUGCCAGUUUUGAAGCCUAAGCCAUCUAGGUGGUCACUUGUUUCAAAAUUGGUACAAAGUGGAAGAGUAGCAAGGUCUUCUAACCAUGAAUGUUAUAGAGACAAGCCAUGUACAUUUUCAAGUGGUGAAGUGGCAAAAAAUGACGAGGUGCCUGGAUCCAAGACGAGUAAAGAAAUGUUUAUCUACACAAAAAUUGCAGAUGAGGAUUACAAUUUUGUGUUAGCCAAAGGUGUGACAAGAAACAGAGGGAAUAAGCCACAUGUUUCUGAGAGUAAUGGCACACUGGUUGGGAGGCAGGAAGAAGCAGCUAACCUUUUAUUAAUGCAGUUGAAGGGAGAUCCACAGCAUUUGUUCCAAGCCUGGGAGGAAUAA